AUGCCGGUUGUCAAGCCGUCGACUGGGCGGAAUGCACAUGGCUCUAGGGAUCGGUUCAUUCCGUCGCGCGGUGCCAUGAACGCGGAUCUGUGCCAGUACAUGCUCGCGCCGGACGCCACGGCACCCCACCCACCGUCCAAAGGCCACGGACCGACGCACCGCGACCUGCUCUUCGCCACCCUCGUCGCCAGCGACGACCGCCGCAUGCUGCGCUUUCAAAGUAGGCCACUGUUGCCUCCAUCCAUUGCGUUAUCUGCAUGUAUUCCUCGUGUGGGUGGGGCAGCCACCUCGUUGAGACGACACAUCCCACUGAUCCCCACGCGCAUCUUGGACGCACCCAACCUUCGCGACGAUUACUACUUGAAUCUGCUCGCCUGGAGCAAUAGUAACCUCCUCGCCAUAGCUCUCGACACAGUUGUGUACGUGUACAACGUCGACUCUGGCGGCGUCACGGCCGUUCGCGCCAUCCAAGGCGGCCGAGAGUACGUCACGUCGGUGGCGUGGCUGAGCGAUCGGCUGCUGGCGGUGGGCACGUCCAACGCCCACAUCCAGCUGUGGGACACCGGCGCUGCAAAGUGUACGCGGACACUUGUUCACUCCCACCACGAACGCAUCGGAUCGCUCGCGUGGAAUCCAUCCAUGCAAGUGCUGUCGUCAGGAUCGAGAGAUGCCAAGAUUAUCCAGCACGACAUCAAGGCACCGAACGCCGUGGUGGCCAUGUUAUACGGCCACACCCAGGAAAUUUGCGGGUUAUCGUGGUCACCUGACGGAAAAACUUUGGCGUCAGGCGGCAACGACAACCGAUUGAGCCUGUGGGAUGGCAUGAGUACAACGCCAAGGCUGACUCUGUCGCAACACACGGCAGCCGUCAAAGCCCUGGCAUGGUGUCCUUGGGAGAGACAUCUGCUGGCGUCAGGUGGAGGCACCGCCGACAGAUGCAUCAAGAUAUGGCAAGCCACCACGGGCGCCAUGGAGCACAGCAUUCACACUGGGUCGCAGGUGUGUGGACUAGUGUGGUCCCCCAUCCAGAAAGAGCUGUUGUCGUCCCACGGGUACUCUCAGAACGAGCUGUGUCUGUGGGCUUAUCCCCGCAUGAACCGGAUCAAAGAAUUCACAGGCCAUACUGCCCGCGUGCUGCACAUGGCGCUGUCGCCCGAUGGCGCGUCGGUCGUGUCGGCGGCGGCGGACGAAACGCUCCGGUUUUGGAGCGUAUUUGGCCCCCCCUCGGCGUCAACCCGCCCCCCCCGCUUUCACCUCACGUCGUCGCUGUGCGGAGUUCGCUGA